UUUCUCCUGUAACACAAGUGAUGUUGUAAGCAGGAAGUAUGUGCAUAUCUUGCGAGAUUUGUCACUGAUCGCAGCUUGUCUACUUUCAUCUUAUUCAUUUUCACAGCAAACGACAUGACCUGUCCGUGUUGAGUUCAUACAGUAAAAGCCACACGGCAUGCUAAAUUUACUAUCCAACGGAAGACCAGAAACACCACACUAAUGCUGAUGAUCAGUCCAAGAAUGGCUUCAGGAAUGCAAGAGAAACUUUACAACCCAUCACUGCUUAGUUUUUUUGUCUAUAAUCCUUCAUUUGGACCAAGAGAGGGUGAGGAGGAGAAGAAGAUUUUAUUCUAUCAUCCUAGUGAUGUUGAGAAGAACGAGAAGAUCCGCAAUGUCGGCCUUUGUGAGGCCAUUGUACAGUUUACCAGAACCUUCUGUCCAACAAAGCCGGCUAAAUCCCUACACACACAGAAGAACAGGCAGUUCUUCUUUGAAGCAGAGGACAGUUUCUGGAUUGUCAUGGUGGUGCGGAAUCCGUGGGUUGAAAAGACAAAUAAAGAUGGCAAACCUCCCACCAUAGAAUAUCAGGAAGAGGAAAUACUUGACACAGUUUAUGGUGCAGUAUUACGGCAGUGCUACAGUAUGUACAAGCUCUUCAACGGCACAUUUGUCAGGGCGAUGGAGACCGGUGGGGUGGAGCUCCUCAUGCAGAAGCUUGAAAAGUUCUUCUACAGGUACCUACAGACGUUGCACCUGCAGUCCUGUGACUUGCUGGACGUGUUUGGCGGAAUCGCCUUCUUCCCUCUGGACAAGAUGACCUACCUGAAGAUCCAGUCCUUUGUCAACAGAGUGGAGGAGAGCCUUAGCCUGAUCAAAUACACAACCUUCCUGUACAACGACCAGCUCAUAUGGAGUGGUCUAGAGCAAGAUGACAUGCGGAUCUUGUACAAGUACCUGACGACUUCGCUAUUCCCCAGACACUCCGAACCAGAGCUGGCUGGUAGAGACUCUCCCCUGAGGCCAGAGGUGGCAGGGAAUCUGCUUCACUACGGGAGGUUUCUGACAGGACCUGCUAACAUCAAAGACCCGGAGGCCAAAUUUCGAUUUCCCAGAAUAUUUGUCAACACAAAGGACAGUUAUGAGGAACUGCAUCUGAUCGUUUAUAAGGCAAUGAGUGCAGCAGUUUGUUUCAUGAUCAGUGCUUCGAUGGAACUGACCAGGGAGUUCUGUGAGCAGCUGGACAGUCUGGUGGGUCCUCAGCUCACCCUGUUGGCCUCGGACAUAUGUGAACAGUACAAUGUCAACCGCAGGAUAUCAGGGCCAGAAAAGGAGCCCCAGUUCAAGUUCAUCUACUUCAACCACAUGAACCUGGCAGAGAAAAGCACCAUCCACAUGAGGAAGACAGCAAGUGUCUCUCUGACCUCUGUACACCCAGACCUCAUGAAGAUCCUAGGAGAUAUCAACUGUGACUUUGCCCGUGUUGAUGAAGAUGAAGAGAUUAUUGUGAAGGCUAUGACUGACUACUGGGUGGUCGGCAAGAAGUCGGAUCAGAGAGAGCUCUACGUCAUCUUGAACCAGAAGAAUGCCAAUUUGAUUGAAGUUAACGAGGAAGUGAAGAGGCUCUGUGCAACACAGUUCAACAACAUUUUCUUCUUGGAUUGAAAAAUAAGAUGGAAUUUCAAGACUCGGAGGGACCUAAGAAAGAGCCAUGGACUAUUUGACUACACUAAAACUGUCAAAAUUACAGGGUAUUAUGACAGCGUCAAUGUAAUGCAAUAAUUGCAUUGAUUAGAUGAGAGUUCGAUCUAAACUAUGGAAAAGCUGCACUCAUCCCCCCGUGGGGGUUAGAUCCAGAAUCUGUAUAGACCCAUUAUGAUGGAUUUGACAAAUAUCCAUAUUUGUAUCUGUUUUCUGAAUGGAUGCCAAUGACCUCGUCUUUGUGCUAUCCUCACGGGAAAUUGGCCGUGGGCAUUCCAUUGAUCUCUUACUGUUUGUAUUGUAAAAAAUAAAUGAAUAAAUAAAAAUAAGCUUUUCACAUCAUUUCUUUAGAUUUAUUUAAUACAUUUGUUUUUAUCUUUAUUCAUGUAAUUAAGUGUACAUUAAUUGUACUCUACAUGAACUUUUUAGUUUUUAUUUAUAUAGAUUGUCUUCUUGUUUGUGUCCCUCUCAGAUGUUUGUCUUUGAUCAUUGGUCUUACUUGUUUUUAAGGAGAGACCAUGACAUUAUAAUGACUAAAUGAAUUGAAUAUAUAAAUGCACAAACAUGAUGUUUGUUCUGUUCAUUGUUUUGUAUCAUUUGAACAAUGAUGCCAAUAAUGCUAUCAUGUCUAAAGUAGUGGUUUGUAACACAGUGCAAACUUAUGCCCCAACAUAAAUGAUUAAAACAUUG